CAACGUCACGGGCUCGGGCCGCCAUUUUGACUGAGCAACCAUAGUGACAGGAGCCGAGGCAGCCGCUCAGGUUGUCCCCGUUUCCCCUCCCCCUUCCCUUUUCCGGCUGACUUCCCGGGCCCGGCAUUGCACAGUCCCGGUCCUGCCAUGUCCCAGAAACAAGAAGAAGAGAACCCUGCGGAGGAGACUGGCGAGGAGAAGCAGGACACCCAGGAGAAAGAAGGUAUUCUCCCUGAGAGAGCUGAGGAGGCAAAGCUAAAGGCCAAAUAUCCAAGCCUAGGACAAAAGCCUGGAGGCUCCGAUUUCCUCAUGAAGAGACUCCAGAAAGGGCAAAAGUACUUUGACUCAGGAGACUACAACAUGGCCAAAGCCAAGAUGAAGAACAAGCAGCUGCCGAGUGCAGGGCCAGACAAGAACCUGGUGACCGGAGACCACAUCCCCACCCCACAGGACCUGCCCCAGAGAAAGUCCUCGCUCGUCACCAGCAAGCUUGCGGGUGGCCAAGGUGAAUGAUGCUGCCUGGGGCUCCACCAGAUCGGGAGAUGCCGCCCACUUGGGGUCCUGUGCUGGCUCCUGCCCCUCCCUGCUUUUGCAGCCAGGGGUCAGGAGGUGGCCCAGGUGCAGGCUAGAGAGGCAGAGACCCCUGCCCACUGGUGUCCCAGCACAUGGAGCCCCUGGGGCUGAGCACCAAGACCUUGAACUUUUUUUUUGUUCUACCUUUUUUUCCAAAUACUUGUUGGGAGAAAUUUUAUUGAAAUCCCAAGGGUGGGGUUGAGGGGGUGGAGUGGAAGAUGUGGGGGAAAUGAAUUAGGAUUUGUAGCUGAUAAAAAAGAAAAUUUCCUAUCAUUCUCCUUAACCACAGGUUUGGGAUGGUUGUAAGGUGAAGGGAUUGUCAGCAGACUAAUGAUAAGGGCCUCUGGUUCAACUCUGAAGAGUGACGCAUUACUGGAAUGCGGCUAGUGACCUGGAGUCGGAGAAAAGGAAUUGUGCUCUUUACAGUGUACACAGUUUCUCUGGUUCUGCAGAGCAAGCUGAGGGUUCAGUGUUAAUUGUUCCUUUAAAAAAGUACUGUCCUUGAAACAGGUUUGCUAUGGGGAGAAGGGCAGUGAGUGGGGAGCCCCACAGACCCCUGGGGGAUUUUUUUCAGUAUUUGAAAUAAAACAAGAAUAACAAAAAACACCCAUGGAAAAAACCAAACCCAGAAAUAC